AACAAGUGAUACAACGUGCCUAAAACGCGACCGUAGAACAAAAAAAAAGUGACGGAGCGGAAGAAGUAGCAGCGAAACAAUCAACAAAGGCGGCAAACAUGGCGACUGAAAUCGACGAGCUCAUCGAGAAGCUGAAGACGACCAGCGUCAGUCCGGCAAACACGACGAACCUGCUCUGCGAGAUCUCGGCCACCAAGGAUCCCAAGCUGUUCGACAAGCACGAGCUUGCGGACUGUUUCCUGGGCCUCACCAAGUGCGAUGACACGAAUGUGCGCAAGGAGGCGGCCAAAUGCAUUGCGGAGAUCACCAAGUCGGAGGUGCAGCGCAAGAAGUUCACCAAGCGGGACAUAAUAGCCGCUUUUCUCGAGUGCUUGCGCCAUGUGCCCACGCCCGAUGGCAGCAUGGAGCUGCCCAUUCAGAUUUGUCGGGCUCUGGGGAACAUCUGCUACUUGAACGACGAGGCCAGGGAUCUGAUUUUGGAGCUGGAGGGCGAUGCUGUUCUGCUGCGUCUGCUUGACAUCGCCAGCAUCGAGGACGUGGCCAAUGCGGCGCAGUUCAUCAAGGUUCGGGGUGGUCUGCUGUCCAACUAUCUGCUCGGCGGCGAGGGCCUGGCCAAGCGGGCCAUGGAGCUGGGCGUGAUGAAGAAGCUACAGAGCAUCAUCGACACCGGCACCUCCAAUGUGGAACAACACGAGGAUCUGCUGCUGAACACGCUGCCUCUGCUAAGCAUACUCACCGAGAACGUGGCGGAUCUUAACUUUGACUCUUCCCUGAACAUCGCACUGUCGCGCAUCCUAGCCGCUUCCACAAACCCCGAUCUUGCCGAGAUGUGCCUGGAGCUGCUCCACUACCAGGCCGAAAGCGACGAGGUCAAGCUGAUUCUGGCCAAGGACGGCCUGUGCGAAACCAUUUACAACCUGCUGGAGAAGUACAAAACCCUGGCCAGCACAAGUGAGGCCAGGGCGCUAAUGAAGCUCGCCUGCGAGCUCAUCGUAUUAAUCCUCACGGGUGAUGACUCAAUGCACUAUCUUUACACAACACCACUGCUGAAGAACAUGGUCGACUGGCUGGACUCGUCGGACAUCGAUCUGCUGACCACCGGAGUGCUGGCCCUGGGCAACUUUGCGCGCACCGAUAGUCACUGCAUCUACUUUGUGGAGCAGCAGACCAUGAACAAGCUGCUCGAAGUUUUGGCCAAGAACAACGGCGUCAGGGACGACGUGCGUCUGCAGCACGCUCUCCUCUCCGCGCUGCGCAACCUGGUAAUCCCGAAGCCGAACAAGAACGCGGUGAUCCAGGCGGGCCUGGUGCAGACCAUUCUGCCGAUGCUAGAGAUCCAUCAGCCACCCGUUGUCUUCAAGCUACUGGGCACGCUUCGCAUGACCGUCGAUGGACAGGAGAAACUCGCUCUGGAGCUGCUGAAGAACAAGACGUUGAUCGAGCAGCUGGUGCACUGGAGCAAAUCGUCGGACUAUGCGGGCGUCACCGGGGAGUCUCUGCGCCUCAUGGCCUGGCUAAUUAAGCACGCCUACCUUACCAAGAUCGCCUACGCCCUUCCGCGCAAGGGAGAUGCACCCGCCGAGCAGAUUGCCGACAGGAUUCCGCUUACCCAGGACUACGAUCGCAGCAGUUUGAGCGAGUUCCUCGCCAACGAGGGCACCGUGGAGGCCAUGGUCAGCAUGCUCACUGCCCAGCACCUGGUGAUGCAGAACGAAGCGCUGAUCGCUCUGUGCAUCCUAUCCGUGGUCUACCUGUCCCAGGCGAACGAGGCUGCGCAGGCUCAGCGGCUGCAGGACGAGCUGGUCAAGUGCGAGGUGGGCAAAAAGCUGGCUGAGCUCAUCAGCAAGUCGUCGGACACCAUGACCAAGGAGAUAGUCGAGAACCUGCAGAACUGCGUGAACCUGCUUAAGUCUUCCGAGCAGCUGGUGGCGCAUCUGGACCAGCACAACAUCAACGAGCUGCUGAAGUCUAUUCCCAUUCUCACCGAGUACUGCACCUUGUAAGGGAAACGGGGGCGUGUCAUUGCAUUUAUCCCAGCACCGCAGGAUGCCUCACAGUAGGAUGGGUCGAUUUGUACGGUUGCAAAUUAACAUAAAUAUACUUAGGGGCGAACAAUUAUCUUUGGACAAUGCUUUGCUAUUUUUCUUUACCUAUUCCCCUAAAAGAAAAGAAAGGUAGCUUUUCGAAAAUAAUUUGUAUGGUUCAUAAACAUAAUGUUUGUUUUAUCGACUAGAACAAUUUUUAUUGAAUUGUAAAAAUAACAAGUUUAUGGAGUUUUAGAACUGAUGUUAUACCACAGUAUCAGCCAAAGAUAACCUUUUGCUCCUUUUAUUCCAUGUUCUUUUUAAAAAUCAGCCCACCCACACACUCAAAACCGAAAAUUGUAGUUUUCACCUUAGAGCAACGAUCCAGAUGUAGACUUGACUGUAGUUUGGUAAGAUGUAAGUGCAGUUGCAGAACUUAAGCACACUUAAACACGCGAACACGAGAAGAGCGGAAUGUAUUUUUUAGACGCAAGCGUAUUUUGACUGCAUUUAUGAGAGAAAUCCGAUAGAGAGAGGGAGGAGGAUACAAAUCGUAUAAAUAUUUAUAAUAUACAUAACAUAUACGUAUAAAUAUAAUAUUAAUAAUAAUUUAGCAUAUUAAUCUUUUCUGUUACAUGAUUUUUAAGAGCACAAUAACAACAAAUCGUGGUGAUAUCGCUAAAUAUAUUUAAUAAAUGUAUUUUAUGUAUUGUACUUAUAAUUUUUAUUCAAAUCCUUUUAAACAAACCGUUGCUGGCACACACCAAAAACGAAAAGAUAACAAAUCAUUUAAGCGCACAAUGUAAUUUAGGUAUUUUAAUUGGUGCACAGACACACAUUGCAAACACCAUCUAUUUAUUGUAAAACUCAGCGAAGUUAUCCAAUGCAUUUUUAAGCUAACUUUUAAACAUUAACAAAACUGCAACUCAGUAACAAUCAGCAAUCCGAAAAUAGUUGAAACUCAAUAAUGAAAGUAUGCAAAUUUUACAAAGCGUAGUCGUAGAGUACUACCAAUUUUACCAAUUAUUAAAUACGAUGUACUAAACCGUUUGGUCACCAAAAACUAUAAAUUAAAAGAGCACAAUUCAAGAGAAAUGGUGUUAAUAUAUAAAGCGUUGAAACACCCACAUACACACGUUCACCAGAAAACAUACAUAUUUAUGAAUUCUAAACACAAUAAUGUACAUUUAAUAAUUCAAAUAAAAUUUGAAAUGCAUGAGUAAUAAGAGAAAA